CUGCCACACACUUUUUAUUCAGAAGCAGUGAGGCGGCCGCUCGCUUUUGUCGCGCAGGCGCACGCGGAGAAUCCUCGCCGUCGCGCCCGCGCGCUCCCCUUCUGCCUUGGCCGCGCGGCCGGCCUGACAGCGUGACAGCGUAUGUGGCGGAAGAGGCGGCGCGCGCCGUGACUCGGCUCCUUCGCGCGCUCAUCGCGCUUUUGCUUUCGCUUUUCCCCGCGAACGUGUCCGCUCGCCGAGCGCCGCCGAAUCCUCACUGAAGGAGAACAAAUUCAGUUUAGUGAAUUUUCUCGGGUUCAAAAUCAUGAGCUACGACCGCGCCAUCACGGUGUUCUCGCCGGACGGACACCUGUUCCAGGUGGAGUACGCGCAGGAGGCGGUGAAGAAGGGCUCCACGGCGGUGGGAGUGAGAGGCAAGAACAUCGUCGCGCUUGGAGUGGAGAAGAAGUCGGUGGCCAAACUCCAGGAUGACAGGACGGUGCGCAAGAUCUGCGUCCUGGAUGACAACGUAUUCAUGGCUUUCGCAGGCCUGACAGCCGAUGCCAGGAUCGUGAUCAACAGGGCGAGAGUGGAAUGUCAGAGUCACAGGUUGACCGUGGAGGACCCCGUGACCAUCGAGUACAUCACCCGCUUUAUUUCCAGCCUCAAACAGAAAUAUACUCAGAGCAACGGGCGCCGCCCCUUCGGCAUUUCUGCCCUCAUCAUGGGUUUCGACUUUGACGGGACGCCUCGCCUGUACCAGACCGACCCUUCUGGAACAUACCACGCGUGGAAAGCAAAUGCCAUUGGGAGGUCUGCGAAGACUGUACGGGAGUUCCUGGAGAAGAACUACAAGGAGGAAGAUGUGGAGUCUGACAGCGGUACCAUAAAGCUGGGGGUCAGAGCACUGCUUGAGGUUGUGCAAUCAGGCGGGAAGAACAUCGAACUUGCCAUCAUGAAACGGGACGAACCCUUGAAGAUCCUGAGUGCAGAAGAAAUUGAAGCGGUUGUCUCAGACAUUGAGAAGGAAAAGGAGGAGAGCGAGAAAAAAAAGAAAUCUUAGUGUGGGGAAAAGGGUUUGGACACUUCAGGCCCUAGAGCAGGGUCUCCAGUUCUUUAAAGAACAAUAAAAACUAAAGAGGUGACACUG